CCCAGUUGAUUGUUGUAUGCUUAGAAAGAUUUGCAAUCGUUUCGUUUAUUACUUAACUUGCGAUUUGCGAUUUCCCCCCCAACACAAAUUGUGAAACAGAACACGUGUGAUUCAGUCUGAUCACCCCUCCAAUUCCUUAAUUCACAACACAGAGCCUAUAAAUCACGGGGAAAGCAAUUCCUUCUGUUAAUAGUGUCAUUUAAUGCGCAAUAAAAUCACACGACUUUGUGUGUGGGUAUUGACGUUUUCGAUUCCAUUAUAGUGCGCUUGAACGCUAAUAGACACACAGGAUAAAUUGUUGUUCUUUUCUUCCUUGCAAUGACCACAAAACACAAAGCAGUUUGAUUGCAGGCGAAGACGUUUAUAAAACGUUGUGUGCGGGUGGUAACCCGCACACAACGUUGCGUCCAAGUGAGAGUUGUUUUACCACCGUUCUCAAGUUUGUGCUUCGGGAAAGUUCGGUGUCCUCACAGGUAGCAGCACGUCUGACAAGAAAAAUAAUAGUGACUACGUUUGAAGUCUAUAUUAAUCAUUGUUGAAGAGGGAACAAUUUUUACUGUAGUGAAGAUAUAUUUUUCUACAACUCAGGACCACCCAGUCCGAGGAUACAAUGCUACUCCCGCUGACAACCGUUACAGCUCUUUGCGUGCUCUUAGACUUCUCCGAAUCCACUAACACGGAGAAGGAACUGGAAGAAAUGUUUAAAGCAAGAUCUGAUGAUGACUGGCUCAAUGUAUGGCAUCAGGAACAUCACACGAGAUGCCAAGAGACACUGCUGCGCCAUCUAUACUGGGCGUGCGAGAAGGACAUAUAUCGGCUGUCUCGGAGAAAUGACAACCAAGAUCAAGGGAUCGAAUUUCUGCAAGGCAAGAGUGAUCCAAGAUAUCCGUUCCUCAGUGUGGUGGAAGCCCGCGUCUUCCUGAGGGACCGCAGACGUCAGCAGCGACGUCGUGGUUCAGGGGCUUCGAUCACAGACGAGUGCUGUCUGAAUACAGCCGGAUGCACGUGGGAAGAGUACGCAGAAUAUUGCCCAGCCAACAAGCGACUUAGGAAGUUCGUGUAGAAAAUGGUGCUUCAUAUAUAUUCACUGUCGUAAAACAGUUUCACUCAGAUACGUAAAAAAUAUAUCUUUCAAUAUAUA